CGGGGUAAUCCCGACAUCGACCAAAAAACUGCUCGUCUUAUUCAUUAUUUUGAAAGGUUUGACCGGAACAGCCUUCUUGACCGUGGUUAACCCGGUGCGAGUCUGACGUGAGUGCGUUGUUUGUGGAGUGUUUGGCUAACCCUCGGAGCACAGAGUGUAACUCUGCCGGUGGAGGGGGCUUUUUCUACCGUCAGGCUAACCGAGAGCCGCGGUCUGAGCGGAGGGCACACCAGGGAAAGACGACGAGUGGCGCAGCGGGUCCAGGUGCUGUUUACCGUCCAACAAACCCAGCAUCGUUUGUGUUGCAGUGGAUGCUUUCCUGGUGUUUCCUGUGGUAAACGCGAGUGCUCUGAUGUUUCACGGACUCGUCGCUGUGAUCUGAUGAUGGGACAGGGUGCUGCUGGGGGUGACUGCAGCCCUGGAGGCUGAUGAAACUGCUCCAUCAGCCAGUCAGGAUGCACAUAGCUUCAGUCGGGGUCAGCAAGUUCUGCUUCCUGUUUUCUCUCGCAUUCUGCGGCCUCCUGCUCCUGCUCAUUCCAGCUCUCCAGCCCCCUGCACGCCAGGUGGACCUGCCUAAGCCCCGACCCCAGGUCAGACCUGCCCAGGUGGGGACGUCACACCAAGUCAGGGUUCCAGCAGGUUUUUUACAUGUUGGGGACAAAGAAAUAACCACAGGUCUUAACAGGAGCUCAGAAGGGCUGGGGAAACCCAUCAAAACUGAAAUUAGCAGGAACAGCAAUCCCAAAACAGGAAAAGGCGUCAGAAGAAUCCCUGAAAGAGGCGUUGGUGGACCUCGAGAGUAUAAGUCACAUGACAAGUUGGAGCUGAAGGACAUUUUUAUUGCAGUAAAGACGACCAGGAAGUAUCACAAGUCCAGACUGGAGCUGCUCAUUCAGACCUGGGUGUCUCAAGCUAAAGAACAGACUUUCAUUUUCACUGAUGGUGACGACAAGGAGCUGCAAAUGAGGACUGGAGCUAACAUCAUCAACACUAACUGCUCAGCAGCUCACACCCGACAGGCUCUGUGCUGCAAGAUGUCUGUAGAGUACGAUAAAUUCAUCGAGUCUCAGAGGAAGUGGUUCUGCCACGUGGAUGAUGACAACUACGUGAUCCUGCCCAGCCUGCUGCGGCUGCUCUCGUCUUACCACCACAGCCAGGACGUCUACCUGGGCCGGCCCAGUCUGGAUCACCCUAUAGAGGCUGCAGAGAGGGUCAAGAGUGACGGUUCGGUGUCUGUCAAGUUCUGGUUUGCCACAGGUGGAGCAGGUUUCUGUAUCAGUCGAGGUCUGGCCCUGAAAAUGAGUCCGUGGGCCAGUUUGGGGAAUUUCAUCAGCACAGCAGAGAAGAUCCGACUUCCAGAUGACUGCACCAUCGGCUACAUCAUCGAGGCGCUGUUGGAGGUCGCUUUGACACACACGCACCUUUUCCACUCUCACCUGGAGAACCUGCAGAAGCUGCCCAUUGACACUGUGCUGGAGCAGGUGACUCUGAGUUACGGAGGGUUUGAGAACAGAAGAAAUGUAGUCGGUGUGGUUGGAGGAUUUUCACUGGCUGAGGACCCCACAAGGUUUAAGACGGUCCACUGCCUUCUGUAUCCUGACACUGAGUGGUGUCCAGAGCUCAAACCGCGCCACAGAAACUGAAUUCCAGUGUGAACAUUUAUCCUGCAGAGUCGCUCUGAACUCUCACUGAUAUUCAUUAAACACAUGAAGUAAAGCCUUAAAAACUGAAGCCAAAGAAUGCUGUUUGAAGACCAUGCAGGCCUGCAAAGCCGAGAGUUUCUCCACUUCUAACAAGCUUUUAAGAGUCGACCAAAUUUACCUUCUCUCAAUUCAACAUAUAUUUUUAGCAUGUUUUUUUAUGGUCGAGCAGAAGCUGAAAAGGUGAAGUUCAAGAACAGCGCCUCAGGACGACAAUGAGGCGUUCACUUUUGCACCUACACCGAACAUAAACUGUGAUUGGAUGACACAUGAUGAUCUUAGAAAGCCUUUCUGAGACCCUCAGUGACCCUGGUUGAGCUCCGGGUAACCGCGGGGCGAUUAUCUGUGAAUAAUUGAGUGACUGUUGCUAAGUUCACGCUAACACAGUAACAAUGAUGGACAGCUGGUGUACAAAUGCUUCAUGCGUGUGCAGGUUGUGUGUCAUUCAAGCCAACAAAGCCAAAGUUGUUUUUAAAGGGCGAUGGUAAAGCCGAGGGGAAAAUCAUGACGACUGUAAAACGCAGUCUCUCUUAUCUUCUACCUGAGCUAGGCGAGUUAGCUUACAGGGUUUUCCAAGUUUAGGUCAACAACUCUUACAUGACAGAUGUAGUUGGAAACCUUUCUGUUUCUGGUACUUUGGUGAAUCACUGACUGGAGCUCAAAAGCUCAUCUCAGUACAAUGAAGUGAAGUAUUAAAACUGUUUGAAGGAGGUAGAAGAUUCCUGGUUGGCUGUUUCAGCUGCGGUCUGAAGAAGCAUGAGGUCUAUUAUUGUGACGCCUGUUUUUCUGUUUCUGUGUGAUUAGACUGACUGCUGCAGAUGGUGGUAAAAAGCGAGGGACACUAACAUCGUUCUGCUGCUUUGUAGUUUAGUUUUAAACGGGGUCAUUGAAAGAUUUGGAGUUGGUGUUUGCUGUGAGUCCUCUGCUCACAGAACACCAACAUGUAGACGUGCACACGGUACAGGAAGGACCUCACAGUACUUUCAUGUACUUGUACGCUCAUGAUGGAAGAACAGGAUGUUCAUUCUUUUAAAGGAUCUGAGGUCAUAUGAAAUAUUAGUGACAGACAUGAACUUGGAUCAGCAUGAAUGUUUGAUAUGAGUAGACAUGUACAGUGUGACUGAGGGGACACCAGUGUGACCGCUCUCCUCCUGUCUGUGGCCCAGCGCUGCUUUGCUCCUGACACUCCUAUAACGUUACCAGCUGUGGUGACGUGGGGAGAGUCAGUGCAGACUCUUUGGGUUUUAUGUAGACUUGCUUUGCAUGUCUUGUAGUUUUAGCUCCACAGGAAUGAUGGGGCAGUCACAGGCUGGAGUAAAGCCAACCUUAGCAUCAGUUCAUGAAAUGAAUAAUGUUGGUUGUAGUUGGUUGGUUGUAGUUUGGAGCUUCAGUCAGACGCUUCAGUCACAAACGCCAGCAGUGAUUCAAUAAUAAUAAGCUGUAAUUUACACUUACAGUGGAUGUGUUUCUAUUUCCUACGGGAUGGUUUUCAUCCGCCUGCAGCCUGUUCUAUCAAACAGGUUCUGCUGUCAGUAGCACACAGUGGUCAGCACAGCGUUAUACGAGGCUUAUUCUUGUAGCGGCAGAAGCCCCAAAUCAGGCUUCAUAGCACCGACCAGCAGCAGCAGCAUCGUCUUUGAGACUGCCUUUAGACGACUCUACACAUUUACAGCAUCCUGACCGCUGAGCGUAGUGCACGAAUGUGUCACCGUCGGGUCAGAGUUUCUCGUGUGUAGAUUUUUGCUGAACUUCCACUGCUCUGUCUUUCAAAGAGAGGAGAAUAAACCGGUUCCUUGUCUCCACCCACUCUGAUCCGUAUAUUCAGUCACUUCUGCCGGUGAAAGGUGUUGGUGUACAGCACCAGUCUGUUUGCACAAAAGACUAGAAACCAAACCCCACACCACGAAUCCCACUGCAGGUCAGUGAGUGAGACCGAGUGUGUUUUUGUCAAAGCUGCCACUGAUCUGUUGUCAAUAAAGCUUUUCUGCAUUCCUAAGUGUUUCACAGUUUCUGUCACAUUGAUCUAUUGAAGAGAAAACCACAUAACCGAGACGAUGCAUGGAAAUAUUCAUAAUGUCAUGUGAAUAACGUCGUGCAUGUUGAAAUUACACGUCUGUCAGAUUUAUAGGAGGUUGAGUCACACGGCCUCCUCGGGAGGGUCUCCUUGUAAUUACUUAAACCACAAACUGAUGAGCUCGCUGGGAUCAACAUGUGAUGUAGUCCUUUAUCACAACUGAGUGUCGAUGGAUGGAGCACAGACAAAAAGGAGUGUGCAAAUUAAAAGCGGAGCUACAAGUGAAUUCAAAAAUAAAAU